AUGAAUCCUGAGCAGUCUCAAGACCCAUUUAGGGCCUCUUCUCAGCCUCAAACUCCUGUAAUCCCAUUUAACUCAUCUUAUGCACAUACAUAUACACAACCAUCUUUCACCCAGACUCAGUUUUUGGCUGGGUUUUAUGGGCCUGUCACCCUGAGCCCAAUCUUGCAUUCACAGACACCUGAGCCUGACUGGCCAGACACAGCUCAAGCACUUCAUUCAAUGGCAAUGGCUCCAGCACACCCAUAUCUGAUACAAUCCAUGCAUCAGCAAGCUCAAGUACUUCCUCAAGUUGUUUCCCCCAAGGCAGAAGAAGCACUGAAGGUAAAUCCUAAGGCACAGACGAAGAAGACAGGAAAGGGUUCUAGGUCUGGAAGGAAUGCAUGCACUUCUGGUAUAUCAGACACUGAUGUUGAUGAGAAGGUCAAAAAUGAGGGCAAACUUGUUGUUUCAGGGGCAACAAAAGCAAAAUGGGACAAGGGAACCACUCUCAAGCUUGUUGAGUUUGUCUGCUCACCAGAGAAUUGGAAUAAGGUCUCAAACAGUUUGAGUAAAAUUAUGCUGAAGGCUUCUCAAGUUGUAUUCGACAAUCAGUACACUCUAGCACAGUGUACGACCAAAUGGAACAUUAUAUUUCGGUUGUACAAGGAGACAAGGCGGUUUCUUAAUCACACUGGCAGAGGAGAUGGCAAUGUGGAUCCAGAUGAUGAUGACUUGAUCACAGUUGAUAUAAACGAAUGUACUGGUUCCGAUAUUGAGGGGAACAAAGAGGAGGUGAAAAAAGAGGAGAAAGGAGAGAAGAAACCGAAGAAAAAGAGAAAACAGGCUGGUAUGUGA